GCAAUCAAGGAGGGGUUCAGUUUCCCCCCAAAUAUUUCUUGUUGCAGAGUUGACUCUGCUUGGAUGGCACAUCAGGACCUAGUGGCUUAGAGUCACAGGAUUUUAAUAAAAGAUUGCUAGAACUGAAUUAGAGGAAGCCUGCUCUAAGGCCUUUAUGUUAAUAGAGCUUAGACUGCAGGAACGGUUCUAUCCCAGAGAAAUUACCUAGGCAUUUAACUUAUCUGAGUUGCCAAUCAGGAGGUGCCCUCAGGGCUGAGUGGGAUUCUCUAAGCAGUUAUUCUGUUCUAACCAAGCAGUGGAGGAACCUUCCUGAAGGACCUUCAGUGGAAAGAGCAAGAUGGGUGCACAGAGCUCAAGCCACCUGGGGGAGAGACAGUGCCGGUACCUGAGAGGCCGGACAGGUGCCUUCCUGAAUUACUUCAUGCCACAUUACCGAAGGCAACUUGCUAUGGCCUUCCUGAGGCAAAUCUCAAGAGAGAUGACACCCCUGGGACAGACGGGAUUCCAGCUAUUAAAGAGUGAAAAGCCUCCCCGGGCCAUAAUGCAUGAAGGGAUCCUGACCCAUUUGCAAGGGAACUCCCCGAAGUGGAGGGAGAGCUACUAUGUUCUACGUGGAGACUCCUCUCUAGAGUGGUUUGGCAGCAAAGAGGAGCAGAAAUGUGGUGAAGAGUCACAGGGGUCUAUUGCUUUGACUGGUUACACACUAGUGGCUUCAUGGAGGGAAUGUCUCUAUCAGGGGUCAACAGGGAACCGUUCCAUUCAAGAUCCAGAUCCAAUCAUUGAGCCCCCUCUGGGAUUUCCCAUCUAUCUCUGCCACCCUUUCCGACAGCCCCUCUGCUUGUGCACAGACACGGUAGAAUCCCAGGACAGCUGGAAAUCUGUCCUGAGAGAUGGGAUUCGGCGCCGGGGGACAGUUUUACAGAGAAAAGAAUCUCCCGACGCGGAGGCAUUCCUGGAUGCUGUGAAGUCUUACAGGCAGGAGAAAAGCAUUUAUGGAGUCGACAAUCUCCUUUUGGGCACAGAAGCAGAGGUCCUCACCAAUAUGCUGAUGCGGGAUCUGUUGCCAAAGCUUCGGGCCCAGAAGCCAGCCAUGCUCAGGGGUGUGGAAAGCCGGAGGAAAUGGGCCUGGAGGAAGUUCUUGGAUGAAGUUUAUGUUCUAAUAUUAAAGCUGGUCUCCUCUGAGCUCCAAAAUUUUCAUCAAGAAAAGGAAGAACUGCAGAAAGAGUUAGAGAAGAAAAUUCGCCCUGAAGCGGAUCAGAUGCUUGCAUUAAGCAAUCAGAUUGCUCACAAACUUCAAAGUGAGAAUUGGUUGGCAAUGGUGUGUGGCCGUGCUGAGUCCUCCCUCUGCCGGGAAGUGGAGCCUCAGCUGGCCUGGGUGAUGGAGGAGCUUCUGCGCCCUGUUCGCCAAGGGCUUGGCAUGGUUGGCACACUCCUUGUCCAUCGAUUGGACAGUCUGCUUAGAAAUGUGCGGAGAAGUCGAGUUGUUGCUGUGCUGAAAGAGGAGGUUUGCUCCCUGGGAGAUAUGCCCUGGGACUUAGAGCUGAUGCAGCCAUGCUACCAGAAGGCAGAGCUCUACUGGAACAGUCUUCAGGGUUUGAAGGAAAGAUUUGGUUUUCAAGGCACUAAAAACCUUGUCUUCAGCGCUCAGGAUCUCAUGCAGCAGCUGACGGAGAAUGCUGUGUACACCUUCCAACAGCUUUCAGCCCAACAUGUGUCCUCAGCCACUCGCCGAAGACAAGUCAUCUGCAUGCUGGAGAAGGUCAAGGGUCGUGUGUUAAAAAAAUUCGAGUCUGACAGCAGAUUUGCUCAGAAGCAUUUUGUUCAAGAAUGGCUGGUCCAGAUUUUCCUUCCCUACCUGCUGAGAAGGCUGGAGGUGGGCUGCAAACUGGAGUUGCACAAGUAUGAGAAGUAUGUGUUUGCAGACUAUAGUCACAUCAUCACCAUUGAGAACAUUUAUGAGGAUGUAGUCCUGAAUUUACUGAACCAGAAGGUGAACUCAGGAAUGGAUAGAGUAGCUGAACUAAGGAGCUUCCAACCUGGGGAGAAGGAGGUGACUGAAGAGACCUGUACCCACGCUACGCUUUCCACGUGGAAUCUAGAAGAUAUUCAUUCUACCCUGCAGUGGGACCCAGACCCCUGCCAAGAUCUCCUCCAAAAUUCCCAUUGUGAGGGGGGAGCAGCAGGAAGAAGGAGUGGGGGUACCUGCACUACUCAGUGGCCAUCUGAAUUGCUAGACAAAGAUCCAGAUGAGAGUGAAAGAAGCGUCCUUUUGGAGGGGUUGACUAUAGCCAUGGACAUGGAUGUCUUCCAAACAGAUCUGCUAGAAAUGGACAUGAAAGGGAAGGGUAGCCUCAUCGAAUGGAGCAAGCCCACAGAGUUCCUGAAAUCCCCAUGCCCAGAACAAGAGCCAGGGGGAAGGGGUAGUCAAGUAGGUGACAUACAAGCACAGCUGAUGGCGGAUGGAAUAUACUCCAAUGUCGCUGUGAAGACUUUACCUGGAGGACUAGGGAAAGGCAGGGCAGUGAUCACGGAAACACUGGAGGGGGACAUAUUGUGAGAAAGGGCCACAUUGCCCAUCCUCGAGAAAAGGCUCUAGCCUUCUGUCUGUGGGAGUUAGGAGAUGUCUGCUCUGAAGACUAGAGUUCAGAGCAGCCUCCUCUUAGCUCAGGGACAAAAAUAAAAAUAAUUUCAUGGGAUUCUACUUCUCUAUACAUGAAGGGAAACUGUCAAGGUCAAAUAGUGAUAAAGUCUCAGGAAUAAUAAACACAUUGAUGCAAGUUAAAUAAUUUAGUAUUUCGUAGCAUAAAUCUCACUGGAGUCCCUUUCCCCUACCCCACCCUAACAUUUCACAGAGUCUUAGAGGGAGGAAGGAAAUAAGGGAAAAAAAAACAUUUAUUAAGUACCUACUACAUGUCAGGUACCAUGAU